AUGAGGUCUGCACGGGCGUGGACUAAGAUGCUUAUCGGAGGCUCGAUACUUAUUAUCGGAGGUCCGGCUUUAGUAGAAUAUGUGCGUCCUACGGAGGAGGAACUAUUCAAGAGAUUCAAUCCUGAGAUACAAAAGCGGAAUCUGGAGAACCGGGAAAGGCGACAACAGGAGUUUGACCAUUUCGUAAAGCAGCUGAAGGAACAUGCAAAGUCUGAUAAGAAUGUCUGGGAAGCUGUCAAUGCAGCUGAACAAGAAAAAAGGAAGCAAAAGAAGCUGCCAGAGUCACAGGAGCAGCAGGAACAACACCCGGAGAAAUGA